UUUUUAAUCUAUUCUUGCCCUACUCAUCGCUGUUGUAUGCUCUCUAUCUGCCGACUCCGAAUCAAGCCGAUUUCUGUUUGUUUCGUACCUUCUUCCCACUUUCAAACCCUAAUUUUCCCCUGCCACAACAAUCCUUAUCGUCUCCAUCAGAAUUGAGCUGUAUAGUGUGAAAUGGCAUCUGUCUCCAGCCAGCCUCAGUUCCGAUACACACAGACGCCAUCCAAGGUUCUCCAUUUGAGGAAUUUGCCUUGGGAGUGCACCGAAGAGGAACUAAUUGAACUUGGAAAACCGUUUGGUAAAGUUGUGAACACAAAGUGUAAUGUUGGAGCAAACAGAAAUCAAGCCUUUAUUGAAUUUGCUGAACAAAAUCAAGCAAUUGCAAUGAUAUCAUAUUAUGCUUCAUCAUCGGAACCAGCUCAGGUACGAGGGAAAACUGUCUACCUACAAUAUUCGAACAGGCAAGAAAUUGUGAACAACAAAACCUCUGCAGAUGUUGCUGGAAAUGUACUUUUGGUAACCAUUGAGGGCAAUGAUGCUCGCCUUGUCAGCAUUGAUGUCUUACACCUGGUGUUCUCUGCGUUUGGGUUUGUGCAUAAAAUCACAACUUUUGAGAAGACAGCUGGCUUUCAGGCUCUGGUGCAGUUUACUGAUUCAGAAACUGCUACUUCCGCAAAGGAUGCCCUUGAUGGAAGGAGCAUUCCCAGGUAUUUGAUUCCAGAGCUGGGAGCAUGUUCUCUUAAGAUAACUUAUUCUGCUCAUACAGAUUUGAGUGUGAAAUUCCAGAGUCAUCGUAGCAGGGACUACACCAACCCUAUGCUUCCGGUUGCAUCAUCAGCAAUAGAUGCUACUGGUCAGUUCAAUUUGGGUUUAGAUGGGAAGAAGAUUGAAUCUGAGAGUAAUGUUCUUCUUGCUUCUAUUGAGAACAUGCAAUAUGCGGUCACCUUGGAUGUGUUACACAUGGUCUUUUCUGCUUUUGGGCCUGUUUUGAAGAUUGCCAUGUUUGACAAAAAUGGAGGAGUCCAAGCCUUAAUUCAAUAUCCUGAUGUUCAGACGGCCGUUGUUGCCAAGGAAGCCUUGGAAGGACACUGCAUAUAUGAUGGAGGGUUUUGCAAGCUUCACAUAUCUUAUUCUCGCCACACGGAUCUAAGUAUUAAGGUGAAUAAUGAUCGGAGUAGAGAUUAUACAAUGCCGGCUGGGCAGAUAAUGAACCCACAACCGUCGAUCUUGGGGCAACAACCACCAUCAGCGGCACCCCAAUACAAUGGCGGGCAGUACAUUCCUGCUCCAGAAGGUUAUGCAGCUCCUCAGUCUUCAGGGGGAUGGGCUCCAGGUGCUCCAGCAGGGCAUCCAAUGCAAAUGCAGAUGCAGAUGCAGAUGCAUAAUCACCCUUACAUGCCACAGCAAGGGAUGCCCUCCGAAAUGGGUCCUGGGCCAACCCACUUUGGUGGGCAGAAUGGAUUUCCACAAGGGGGAGGACCACCGCGUUACCAUCCUCAAUAGGAUCCCCUUUCUCUUGGCCUUUUUCUUUGUUAUUUUGUGCUGUCCAGAUUGGUAUGUUAUUUUUAUUAGCAAAAUCAGGGUGCGACUGGUAUCAGAACCUGUGUGGACCUGGAAAUUUGUUGGAAACUGACCUGGUGAUAGACUGUAUAUCAUCUCAUUUACCGGUUAUA